AUGAAAGUCAAUGCACGGAUAAAAGCUGAGCAACACGUGGUUGAAGCGAAACACGUGAAGGGAAGGACGACCCGUCACUGCGUCACUAGAUGGCGCUGGGUCAACCCCGUCAAAAUAAAGAGCGUGGCCCUGGCAACGACAACGACGGGUCCCGUGGAUAUUGCGGAGUCAGGAGCUGCUCUCGACGCUGCAGUCAAGAAUGUUGUAUCCAUGGUAAUACGCCCAUCGCUACAGCCCAAAUUCAAUAUGAAUGAGAAGACAGGCAGCAAGUCUCCGUUCAAGGGGUCCAGUCUCUGCACUGUUGUGAUUGGCUGUUUUACUGUACUCCAUCAAGCGAAUUGCGGAGGUAUCAGCUUCAAGAAGAAUCACAAGGCAAGCAAAACUGUAAAAGCGGAAUCUGGUGUGCACUUUCAAGUAUCACAUAAAGAUGGUGACCCUAGCAUAGGAGUUCGAAUAGGAGACACUGGCGAUGGUGGUGACGGAGGCGCUGGUAUAGGCAUCGGAAUCGGAGGUGCAGGAGGAGAUGGCGACAAUGGUGGCAGCGGAGGCAAAGGAGGAUCUGGCACAGGAGUCGGAGUAGGUGGUUCCGGUGGUGAUGGUGGACUGAAUGGCGACGGUGGUGACGGAGGAGCUGGUAUUGGAAUCGGAAUCGGAGGUGCAGGAGGGGAUGGCGGCAAUGGAGGCAGCGGAGGCAAAGGAGGAUCUGGCACAGGAGUCGGAGUAGGUGGUUCCGGUGGUGAUGGUGGACUGAAUGGCGACGGUGGUGACGGAGGAGCUGGUAUUGGAGUCGGAAUCGGAGGUGCAGGAGGGGAUGGCGGCAAUGGAGGCAGCGGAGGCGACGGCGGUUCAGGUACAGGAGUUGGAAUUGGUGGAUCCGGUGGUAACGGAGGCCGUAAUGGCAACGGCGGAGACGGAGGACCAGGCACGGGAGUUGGAGUAGGUGGAUCCGGUGGUAACGGAGGUCUUAAUGGCAACGGCGGAGAUGGAGGCCCCGGCACGGGAGUUGGAGUUGGAGGAUCCGGUGGUGAUGGAGGCCUUUUCGGUAGCGGCGGAAGUGGAGGACCGGGCACUGGAGUUGGUGUGGGAGGAUCCGGUGGUAACGGAGGAUUUGCUGGCAACGGCGGAAAUGGAGGUCCUGGAACGGGAGUUGGAGUAGGAGGAUCAGGUGGUAAUGGAGGCCUUUUCGGUAGCGGCGGAAGUGGAGGACCCGGCACGGGAGUUGGUGUGGGAGGAUCCGGUGGUAACGGAGGAUUUGCUGGCAACGGCGGAAAUGGAGGCCCUGGAACUGGAGUUGGAGUAGGAGGAUCAGGUGGUAAUGGAGGCCUUUUCGGUAGCGGCGGAAGUGGAGGACCCGGCACGGGAGUUGGUGUGGGAGGAUCCGGUGGUAACGGAGGAUUUGCUGGCAACGGCGGAAAUGGAGGUCCUGGAACGGGAGUUGGAGUAGGAGGAUCAGGUGGUAAUGGAGGCCUUUUCGGUAGCGGCGGAAGUGGAGGACCCGGCACGGGAGUUGGUGUGGGAGGAUCCGGUGGUAACGGAGGAUUUGCUGGCAACGGCGGAAAUGGAGGCCCUGGAACGGGAGUUGGAGUAGGAGGAUCAGGUGGUAAUGGAGGCCUUUUCGGUAGCGGCGGAAGUGGAGGACCCGGCACGGGAGUUGGUGUGGGAGGAUCCGGCGGUAACGGAGGAUUUGCUGGCAACGGAGGAAAUGGAGGCCCUGGAACGGGAGUUGGAGUAGGAGGAUCAGGUGGUGAUGGAGGCCUUUUCGGUAGCGGCGGAAGUGGAGGGCCCGGCACGGGAGUUGGUGUGGGAGGAUCCGGUGGUAACGGUGGAUUUGCUGGCAACGGCGGAAAUGGAGGUCCUGGAACGGGGGUUGGAGUAGGAGGAUCAGGUGGUGAUGGAGGCCUUUUCGGUAGCGGCGGAAGUGGAGGAUCCGGCACGGGAGUUGGUGUGGGAGGAUCUGGUGGUAACGGAGGAUUUGCUGGCAACGGCGGAAAUGGAGGCCCUGGAACGGGAGUUGGAGUAGGAGGAUCAGGUGGUAAUGGAGGCCUUUUCGGUAGCGGCGGAAGCGGAGGACCCGGCACGGGAGUUGGUGUGGGAGGAUCCGGUGGUAACGGAGGAUUUGCUGGCAACGGCGGAAAUGGAGGCCCUGGAACGGGAGUUGGAGUAGGAGGAUCAGGUGGUAAUGGAGGCCUUUUCGGUAGCGGCGGAAGCGGAGGACCCGGCACGGGAGUUGGUGUGGGAGGAUCCGGUGGUAACGGAGGAUUUGCUGGCAACGGCGGAAAUGGAGGCCCUGGAACGGGAGUUGGAGUAGGAGGAUCAGGUGGUAAUGGAGGCCUUUUCGGUAGCGGCGGAAGUGGAGGACCCGGCACGGGAGUUGGUGUGGGAGGAUCCGGUGGUAACGGAGGAUUUGCUGGCAACGGCGGAAAUGGAGGCCCUGGAACGGGAGUUGGAGUAGGAGGAUCAGGUGGCAAUGGAGGCCUUUUCGGUAGCGGCGGAAGCGGAGGACCCGGCACGGGAGUUGGUGCGGGAGGAUCCGGUGGUAACGGAGGAUUUGCUGGCAACGGCGGAAAUGGAGGCCCUGGAACGGGAGUUGGAGUAGGAGGAUCAGGUGGUAAUGGAGGCCUUUUCGGUAGCGGCGGAAGUGGAGGACCCGGCACGGGAGUUGGUAUCGGAGGAUCCGGUGGUAACGGAGGAUUUGCUGGCAACGGCGGAAAUGGAGGCCCUGGAACGGGAGUUGGAGUAGGAGGAUCAGGUGGUAAUGGAGGCCUUUUCGGUAGCGGCGGAAGCGGAGGACCCGGCACAGGAGUUGGUGUGGGAGGAUCCGGUGGUAAUGGAGUGUUUGUCGGUAGCGGCGGAAAUGGAGGCCCUGGAACGGGAGUUGGAGUAGGAGGAUCAGGUGGUAAUGGAGGCCUUUUCGGUAACGGUGGAAGUGGAGGACCCGGCACGGGAGUUGGUGUUGGAGGGUCCGGUGGUGAUGGAGUGUUUGUCGGCAACGGCGGAAAUGGAGGACCUGGAACGGGAGUUGGAGUAGGAGGAUCAGGUGGCAAUGGAGGCCUUUUCGGUAGCGGCGGAAAUGGAGGAGCCGGCAUGGGAGUUGGAAUAGGAGGACCAGGAGGUUGUUUUAAUGUACUCCAUCAAGCGAAUUGUGGAGGUAUCAGCUUCAAGAAGAAUCACAAGGCAAGCAAAACUGUAAAAGCAGAAUCUGAUGUGCACUUGAAAGUAUCGGAUGGACGUGGCGACGGCGGAGACGGAGGCUCCGGCACGGGAGUUGGAAUAGGAGGGCCCGGUGGCGACGGAGGCACUAAUGGCAACGGCGGAGACGGAGGCCCUGGCACGGGAGUUGGAAUAGGAGGACCCGGUGGCGACGGAGGCACUAAUGGCAACGGCGGCGACGGAGGCCCUGGCACGGGAGUUGGAAUAGGAGGACCCGGUGGCGACGGAGGCACUAAUGGCAACGGCGGAGAUGGAGGCCCAGGCACGGGAGUUGGAACAGGGGGACCCGGUGGCGACGGAGGCACUAAUGGCAACGGCGGAGAUGGAGGUCCAGGCACGGGAGUUGGAAUAGGGGGACCCGGUGGCGACGGAGGCCGCAAUGGCAACGGCGGAGACGGAGGCCCCGGCACUGGAGUUGGAAUAGGAGGACCCGGUGGCGACGGAGGCACUAAUGGCAACGGCGGAGACGGAGGCCCCGGCACUGGAGUUGGAAUAGGAGGACCCGGUGGCGACGGAGGCACUAAUGGCAACGGCGGAGACGGAGGCCCCGGCACGGGAGUUGGAAUAGGAGGACCCGGUGGUGACGGAGGCACUAAUGGCAACGGCGGUGAUGGAGGCCCCGGCAUGGGAGUUGGAAUAGGGGGAUCCGGUGGAGACGGAGGCCGCAAUGGCAAUGGCGGAGAUGGAGGCCCCGCUACUGGAGUUGGAAUAGGAGGACCCAGUGGUGACGUCGGCCGCAAUGGCAACGGCGGAGACGGAGGAUCCGGCACGGGAGUUGGAAUAGGAGGGCCUGGUGGUGACGGAGGUUCUAAUGGCAACGGCGGAGAUGGAGGACCCGGCACGGGAGUCGGAAUAGGAGGACCCGGUGGCAACGGAGGCCGCAAUGGCAACGGCGGAGACGGAGGACCCGGCACGGGAGUCGGAAUAGGAGGACCCGGUGGCAACGGAGGCCGCAAUGGCAACGGCGGAGACGGAGGGCCCGGCACGGGAGUUCGAAUUGGAGGACCAGGUGGUAACGGAGUGUUCAUUGGCAACGGCGGAAAUGGAGGUCCUGGAAUGGGAGUCGGAAUUGGAGGACCAGGUGGUAAUGGGGGAGUUAAUGGCAACGGCGGAAACGGAGGACCUGGCACGGCAGUUGGAAUUGGUGGACGAGGUGGUAAAGGAUGGUUUUUUCGACUCGGGGGAAACGGAGGAUCUGGUACAGGAGUUGGCAUAGGAGGAGCAGGUGGUAAUGGAGGCCUUUUCGGUAACGGCGGAAGUGGAGGAACCGGCACGGGAGUUGGAAUAGGAGGGUCAGGUGGUAAUGGAGUGUUUUUUGGCUCUGGCGGAAAUGGAGGACCUGGUACAGGAGUUGGAAUUGGAGGACCAGGUGGUGACGGAGGCACUAAUGGCAACGGCGGAGAUGGAGGCCCCGGCACGGGAGUUGGAAUAGGGGGACCCGGUGGUGACGGAGGCCACAAUGGCAACGGCGGAGACGGAGGCCCCGGCACGGGAGUUGGAAUAGGAGGACCCGGUGGCGACGGAGGCACUAAUGGCAAUGGCGGAGAUGGAGGCCCCGGCACGGGAGUUGGAAUAGGAGGACCAGGUGGUGACGGAGGCACUAAUGGCAACGGCGGAAAUGGAGGCCCCGGCACGGGAGUCGGAAUAGGAGGACCCGGUGGCGACGGAGGCACUAAUGGGAACGGCGGAGACGGAGGACCCGGCACGGGAGUCGGAAUAGGAGGACCCGGUGGCGACGGAGGCCGCAAUGGCAACGGCGGAGACGGAGGCCCCGGCACGGGAGUUGGAAUAGGAGGACCCGGUGGCGACGGAGGCCGCAAUGGCAACGGCGGAGACGGAGGCCCCGGCACGGGAGUUGGAAUAGGAGGACCCGGUGGCGACGGAGGCACUAAUGGCAAUGGCGGAGAUGGAGGCCCCGGCACGGGAGUCGGAAUAGGGGGACCCGGUGGCAACGGAGGCCGCAAUGGCAACGGCGGAGACGGAGGCCCCGGCACGGGAGUUGGAAUAGGAGGACCUGGUGGUGACGGAGGCACUAAUGGCAACGGCGGAAAUGGAGGCCCCGGCACGGGAGUUGGAAUAGGGGGACCCGGUGGCAACGGAGGCAGCAAUGGCAACGGCGGAGACGGAGGCCCCGGCACGGGAGUUGGAAUAGGAGGACCUGGUGGUGACGGAGGCACUAAUGGCAACGGCGGAAAUGGAGGCCCCGGCACGGGAGUCGGAAUAGGGGGACCCGGUGGCAACGGAGGCCGCAAUGGCAACGGCGGAGACGGAGGCCCCGGCACGGGAGUUGGAAUAGGAGGACCUGGUGGUGACGGAGGCACUAAUGGCAACGGCGGAAAUGGAGGCCCCAGCACGGGAGUUGGAAUAGGGGGACCCGGUGGCAACGGAGGCAGCAAUGGCAACGGCGGAGACGGAGGCCCCGGCACGGGAGUUGGAAUAGGAGGACCUGGUGGUGACGGAGGCACUAAUGGCAACGGCGGAAAUGGAGGCCCCGGCACGGGAGUUGGAAUAGGAGGACCUGGUGGUGACGGAGGCACUAAUGGCAACGGCGGAAAUGGAGGCCCCGGCACGGGAGUCGGAAUAGGAGGACCCGGUGGCAACGGAGGCAGCAAUGGCAAUGGCGGAGACGGAGGACCCGGCACGGGAGUUGGAAUAGGAGGACCCGGUGGCGACGGAGGCACUAAUGGCAAUGGCGGAGAUGGAGGCCCCGGCACGGGAGUCGGAAUAGGGGGACCCGGUGGCAACGGAGGCCGCAAUGGCAACGGCGGAGACGGAGGCCCCGGCACGGGAGUUGGAAUAGGAGGACCUGGUGGUGACGGAGGCACUAAUGGCAACGGCGGAAAUGGAGGCCCCGGCACGGGAGUUGGAAUAGGAGGACCUGGUGGUGACGGAGGCACUAAUGGCAACGGCGGAAAUGGAGGCCCCGGCACGGGAGUUGGAAUAGGGGGACCCGGUGGCAACGGAGGCAGCAAUGGCAACGGCGGAGACGGAGGCCCCGGCACGGGAGUUGGAAUAGGAGGACCUGGUGGUGACGGAGGCACUAAUGGCAAUGGCGGAGAUGGAGGCCCCGGCACGGGAGUCGGAAUAGGGGGACCCGGUGGCAACGGAGGCCGCAAUGGCAACGGCGGAAACGGAGGCCCCGGCACGGGAGUUGGAAUAGGGGGACCCGGUGGCAACGGAGGCAGCAAUGGCAACGGCGGAGACGGAGGCCCCGGCACGGGAGUUGGAAUAGGGGGACCCGGUGGCAACGGAGGCAGCAAUGGCAACGGCGGAGACGGAGGCCCCGGCACGGGAGUUGGAAUAGGAGGACCUGGUGGUGACGGAGGCACUAAUGGCAACGGCGGAAAUGGAGGCCCCGGCACGGGAGUUGGAAUAGGAGGACCUGGUGGUGACGGAGGCACUAAUGGCAACGGCGGAAAUGGAGGCCCCGGCACGGGAGUUGGAAUAGGGGGACCCGGUGGUGACGGAGGCCGCAAUGGCAACGGCGGAGACGGAGGCCCCGGCACGGGAGUUGGAAUAGGGGGACCCGGUGGCAACGGAGGCAGCAAUGGCAACGGCGGAGACGGAGGCCCCGGCACGGGAGUUGGAAUAGGAGGACCUGGUGGUGACGGAGGCACUAAUGGCAACGGCGGAAAUGGAGGCCCCGGCACGGGAGUCGGAAUAGGAGGACCCGGUGGCAACGGAGGCAGCAAUGGCAAUGGCGGAGACGGAGGACCCGGCACGGGAGUUGGAAUAGGAGGACCUGGUGGUGACGGAGGCACUAAUGGCAACGGCGGAAAUGGAGGCCCCGGCACGGGAGUCGGAAUAGGAGGACCCGGUGGCAACGGAGGCAGCAAUGGCAGUGGCGGAGACGGAGGACCCGGCACGGGAGUUGGAAUAGGAGGACCCGGUGGCGACGGAGGCACUAAUGGCAAUGGCGGAGAUGGAGGCCCCGGCACGGGAGUCGGAAUAGGGGGACCCGGUGGCAACGGAGGCCGCAAUGGCAACGGCGGAGACGGAGGCCCCGGCACGGGAGUUGGAAUAGGAGGACCUGGUGGUGACGGAGGCACUAAUGGCAACGGCGGAAAUGGAGGCCCCGGCACGGGAGUUGGAAUAGGGGGACCCGGUGGCAACGGAGGCAGCAAUGGCAACGGCGGAGACGGAGGCCCCGGCACGGGAGUUGGAAUAGGAGGACCUGGUGGUGACGGAGGCACUAAUGGCAACGGCGGAAAUGGAGGCCCCGGCACGGGAGUUGGAAUAGGAGGACCUGGUGGUGACGGAGGCACUAAUGGCAACGGCGGAAAUGGAGGCCCCGGCACGGGAGUUGGAAUAGGGGGACCCGGUGGUGACGGAGGCCGCAAUGGCAACGGCGGAGACGGAGGCCCCGGCACGGGAGUUGGAAUAGGGGGACCCGGUGGCAACGGAGGCAGCAAUGGCAACGGCGGAGACGGAGGCCCCGGCACGGGAGUUGGAAUAGGAGGACCUGGUGGUGACGGAGGCACUAAUGGCAACGGCGGAAAUGGAGGCCCCGGCACGGGAGUCGGAAUAGGAGGACCCGGUGGCAACGGAGGCAGCAAUGGCAAUGGCGGAGACGGAGGACCCGGCACGGGAGUUGGAAUAGGAGGACCCGGUGGCGACGGAGGCACUAAUGGCAACGGCGGAAAUGGAGGCCCCGGCACGGGAGUUGGAAUAGGGGGACCCGGUGGCAACGGAGGCAGCAAUGGCAACGGCGGAGACGGAGGCCCCGGCACGGGAGUUGGAAUAGGAGGACCUGGUGGUGACGGAGGCACUAAUGGCAACGGUGGAAAUGGAGGCCCCGGCACGGGAGUUGGAAUAGGAGGACCUGGUGGUGACGGAGGCACUAAUGGCAACGGCGGAAAUGGAGGCCCCGGCACGGGAGUUGGAAUAGGGGGACCCGGUGGUGACGGAGGCCGCAAUGGCAACGGCGGAGACGGAGGCCCCGGCACGGGAGUUGGAAUAGGGGGACCCGGUGGCGACGGAGGCAGCAAUGGCAACGGCGGAGACGGAGGCCCCGGCACGGGAGUUGGAAUAGGAGGACCUGGUGGUGACGGAGGCACUAAUGGCAACGGCGGAAAUGGAGGCCCCGGCACGGGAGUCGGAAUAGGAGGACCCGGUGGCAACGGAGGCAGCAAUGGCAAUGGCGGAGACGGAGGACCCGGCACGGGAGUUGGAAUAGGAGGACCCGGUGGCGACGGAGGCACUAAUGGCAAUGGCGGAGAUGGAGGCCCCGGCACGGGAGUCGGAAUAGGGGGACCCGGUGGCAACGGAGGCCGCAAUGGCAACGGCGGAAACGGAGGCCCCGGCACGGGAGUUGGAAUAGGGGGACCCGGUGGCAACGGAGGCAGCAAUGGCAACGGCGGAGACGGAGGCCCCGGCACGGGAGUUGGAAUAGGGGGACCCGGUGGCAACGGAGGCAGCAAUGGCAACGGCGGAGACGGAGGCCCCGGCACGGGAGUUGGAAUAGGAGGACCCGGUGGUGACGGAGGCACUAAUGGCAACGGCGGAAAUGGAGGCCCCGGCACGGGAGUUGGAAUAGGGGGACCCGGUGGUGACGGAGGCCGCAAUGGCAACGGCGGAGACGGAGGCCCCGGCACGGGAGUUGGAAUAGGGGGACCCGGUGGCAACGGAGGCAGCAAUGGCAACGGCGGAGACGGAGGCCCCGGCACGGGAGUUGGAAUAGGAGGACCUGGUGGUGACGGAGGCACUAAUGGCAACGGCGGAAAUGGAGGCCCCGGCACGGGAGUCGGAAUAGGAGGACCCGGUGGCAACGGAGGCAGCAAUGGCAAUGGCGGAGACAGAGGACCCGGCACGGGAGUUGGAAUAGGAGGACCCGGUGGCGACGGAGGCACUAAUGGCAACGGCGGAGACAGAGGACCCGGCACGGGAGUUGGAAUAGGAGGACCCGGUGGCGACGGAGGCACUAAUGGCAACGGCGGAAAUGGAGGCCCCGGCACGGGAGUUGGAAUAGGGGGACCCGGUGGCAACGGAGGCAGCAAUGGCAACGGCGGAGACGGAGGCCCCGGCACGGGAGUUGGAAUAGGAGGACCUGGUGGUGACGGAGGCACUAAUGGCAACGGUGGAAAUGGAGGCCCCGGCACGGGAGUUGGAAUAGGAGGACCUGGUGGUGACGGAGGCACUAAUGGCAACGGCGGAAAUGGAGGCCCCGGCACGGGAGUUGGAAUAGGGGGACCCGGUGGCAACGGAGGCAGCAAUGGCAACGGCGGAGACGGAGGCCCCGGCACGGGAGUUGGAAUAGGAGGACCUGGUGGUGACGGAGGCACUAAUGGCAACGGCGGAAAUGGAGGCCCCGGCACGGGAGUCGGAAUAGGAGGACCCGGUGGCAACGGAGGCAGCAAUGGCAACGGCGGAGACGGAGGAUCCGGAACGGGAGUCGGAAUAGGAGGACCCGGUGGCGACGGAGGCCGCAAUGGCAACGGCGGAGACGGAGGCCCCGGCACGGGAGUCGGAAUAGGAGGACCCGGUGGCAACGGAGGCCGCAAUGGCAACGGCGGAGACGGAGGCCCCGGCACGGGAGUCGGAAUAGGAGGACCCGGUGGCAACGGAGGCCGCAAUGGCAACGGCGGAGACGGAGGCCCCGGCACGGGAGUCGGAAUAGGAGGACCCGGUGGUGACGGAGGCACUAAUGGCAACGGCGGAAACGGAGGCCCCGGCACGGGAGUCGGAAUAGGAGGACCCGGUGGCAACGGAGGCCGCAAUGGCAACGGCGGAGACGGAGGACCUGGCACGGGAGUCGGAAUAGGAGGACCCGGUGGCAACGGAGGCCGCAAUGGCAACGGCGGAGACGGAGGACCCGGCACGGGAGUCGGAAUAGGAGGACCCGGUGGUGACGGAGGCACUAAUGGCAACGGCGGAAACGGAGGCCCCGGCACGGGAGUCGGAAUAGGAGGACCCGGUGGCGAUGGAGGCACUAAUGGCAAUGGCGGAGAUGGAGGCCCCGGCACGGGAGUUGGAAUAGGGGGACCCGGUGGCAACGGAGGCAGCAAUGGCAACGGCGGAGACGGAGGAUCCGGAACGGGAGUCGGAAUAGGAGGACCCGGUGGCGACGGAGGCCGCAAUGGCAACGGCGGAGACGGAGGCCCCGGCACGGGAGUCGGAAUAGGAGGACCCGGUGGCAACGGAGGCCGCAAUGGCAACGGCGGAGACGGAGGCCCCGGCACGGGAGUCGGAAUAGGAGGACCCGGUGGUGACGGAGGCACUAAUGGCAACGGCGGAAACGGAGGCCCCGGCACGGGAGUCGGAAUAGGAGGACCCGGUGGCAACGGAGGCCGCAAUGGCAACGGCGGAGACGGAGGACCCGGCACGGGAGUCGGAAUAGGAGGACCCGGUGGCAACGGAGGCCGCAAUGGCAACGGCGGAGACGGAGGCCCCGGGACGGGAGUCGGAAUAGGAGGACCCGGUGGUGACGGAGGCACUAAUGGCAACGGCGGAAACGGAGGCCCCGGCACGGGAGUCGGAAUAGGAGGACCCGGUGGCAACGGAGGCCGCAAUGGCAACGGCGGAGACGGAGGACCCGGCACGGGAGUCGGAAUAGGAGGACCCGGUGGCAACGGAGGCCGCAAUGGCAACGGCGGAGACGGAGGACCCGGCACGGGAGUCGGAAUAGGAGGACCAGGUGGUAACGGAGUGUUCAUUGGCAACGGCGGAAAUGGAGGUCCUGGAAUGGGAGUCGGAAUUGGAGGACCAGGUGGUAAUGGGGGAGUUAAUGGCAACGGCGGAAACGGAGGACCUGGCACGGCAGUUGGAAUUGGUGGACGAGGUGGUAAAGGAUGGUUUUUUCGAAUCGGGGGAAACGGAGGAUCUGGUACAGGAGUUGGCAUAGGAGGAGCAGGUGGUAAUGGAGGACUUUUCGGUAACGGCGGAAGUGGAGGACCCGGCACGGGAGUUGGAAUAGGAGGGUCAGGUGGUAAUGGAGUGUUUUUUGGCUCCGGCGGAAAUGGAGGACCUGGUACAGGAGUUGGAAUUGGAGGACCAGGUGGUAAUGGGGGAGUUAAUGGCAACGGCGGAAACGGAGGAGCUGGCACGGCAGUUGGAAUUGGUGGACGAGGUGGUAAAGGAUGGUUUUUUGGCAUGGGAGGAAACGGAGGAUCUGGUACAGGAGUUGGAAUAGGAGGACCAGGUGGUAGCGGAGGACUUUUCGGUAACGGCGGAAAUGGAGGACCCGGCAUGGGACUUGGAGUAGGAGGACCAGGAGGCAAUGGCGGAGGAAGAAUAAUUAUCCCCGGUUGA